UCAGCAGCAGCGCCAGCUAUCAAAAUGUCAUCGUAGAAGGCGGUUUGUGCUAGAGCGACGAUGAGAAUGUGGCCAAAAGAAAUUGGGAGGAUAUAGUCAUAUAUAGAUGCAUGAACUAACCAAUUCGUAUUCUCCUUGUGGUAACUUCAAGAUAGAAGUAUGCACUUCUUGGCGAAAACUGUUUUUCUCUCCGCGGUCUUCAUGCUUUUCUUCAUGACCGACCUCUCGAGCAGCAGAAAGCGACGCAAGGCACAAACCAUAAAGCUAAGAGCAUCCCGGAAAACCGCCGAACUACGACUGGAAGACAACAUCACAUCAUGCAGAGAUGACGAAUGCAAGGCCCGCUGCGAGGGCCAGUUGAACCAGCAAUAUGUGGACGUUAUAGGGCACUGCGAAGGGGUGGCAUGCAAAUGCAACUACAAAGAACCAUGCAAUGUGCGACAAUGUCAAAGGCGUUGUCGCGCAGAAGGAGACCGGAGGCGUAUGCCGAACGCAAAUGGCCGAUGCGAACGAACGAACUGCAUUUGCACUCUUGAAGAUGACUGCGAUAAAACGAAGUGUAGGGAAAUGUGCAUCGCUAAAUACCCGGGAAGACCAAGCCACUCCAAGGGAGUAUGCAUCGAUGGAGAAUGCACCUGCAGGCAUUCGUAAUAAAUCAAGGACAUGCCGGAAGUUUCAUGAGAAGAUGCACGGAUGUUCUGCUACGUGGUUCUGCGAGCAACAACGACGCUAGCGGCAAUAUUCAAAAUAAAGAAUGCUCGCGACAUUGUGUCGUAUGGGCGCUGACGAAACGCUAAUACCAAA